AUGUUAAAGAGUCGAUCCUGCAACUGUAGGAUCGCUUGGUGGAACUCGUCCGUAGCCGUAGCUACGGACGUUACGUGCAUCAAUCCCACAAUUACGGACGAAAAUUAUGCGCUCACGUUCGAUUACCUGCAAAAAUACGGAUAUCUGUCCAAAGACGUAGACGCGGUUCCGGCUCAGAGACGAAACAACGUUCUUCGCAAAGCGUUCGAGGAUUUUCAGAAUUACUACGAUUUACCCGGCGAUGGAACGCCCAACAACGAAACGCUGCAAUUGAUGAGUAAACCGCGAUGCGGUUUCCGAGAUAUCCUGAAGCACGGAACGAAAACGAGCCUAUCCAAAUGGCCGAAGACGCACCUGACGUGGAAUUUUCACUUAGCCGACGAGACCGAGCUGAGCACGGCGCGGGCCGCGUUUGACCUGUGGUCGCAGCAUUCGGCAUUGACGUUCGAACGCUCCGAAACAAAUGCCGACAUUAUAAUACCUUGGCGACGCCUACGUCACUAUAACACGAAUACCAAGGUAAACGGAGCAAUUUGCUCGGACAAAUUCGACGGUCCCGGCAACGUGCUCGCCCACGCGUCUCUCCCGACAGACCAAGCGGGGUUCGUCUCCGAGGUGCACGUCGACGGGGACGAGCCGUGGCACAUUUACAUCAAUAAACAUCCCGCGGAUAGGUUCUCCCUGCAUUACACGCUGACGCACGAGAUCGGCCACUCUCUCGGAUUGGUGCACAAUAGGCGCAAAACAUCGGUGAUGUUCGCGAUACAGCCGGACCAGCAGUAUCCGGUGAAGCUCGACCAAAACGACAUCGCCGACAUUCAACGUUUGUACGGUGAAAAAAGUACGAACGAGCCCCCGCAUCAGACGCCGGCGCCGCCGCCGCCAUCGCCGGACCUGUGCAGCCUCGAUCGCGUGAACGGGAUAUUGAUUUUAAAAAAUCGAAUGUACAUCUCGUACAAGCGUUACGUUUGGUCGAUCGAUCUGGACGGUAGGACGUACAACGGACCUUUAGCCCUUUCGAAUUACAUGAGCUUUCUUCACGACAAUUACACGCGCGUGACCGCCGCCUAUCAAUCCCCGUCCGGCGAUCUCGUGGUGUUCGUAGAUAAUUUGGUAUACUUGUUUCAAUAUCCGGAAUUUAGUCUGCGGCCAGGUUGGCCGAAGACCUUGCAAGAACUCGGAUUUCCCGAAAACACGGUGAACGCCCACAGAGGACAUUAA